AUGUUACGCAUUAGCAACACCGUGAUCGGGAUCCUCAACGCGAUGUUCCUCCUCCUGGGACUCGCCUCCAUCGGAGCAUCGAUCUACUUCCACCUCCACGGCGGCACCAUGUGCCAGAAGGUCCUCCAGAACCCUCUCCUCUUCGCCGGACUCUUCUUCGUCGUCGUGUCCCUCCUCGGCCUCGCUGGCUCGUGCUGCCGAAUCAACUCUCUCCUCUACACCUACCUAGUCUUGAUAUUUCUCCUCAUCAUCGGACUCAUCGGGUUCACCGUGUUCGCGCUAUUCGUGACGAACAAGGGGAUCGGACAGGUCGUGUCGGGACGAGUGUACAAGGAGCAACUGUACAAGGUCGGAGACUUCUCGCAUUGGCUCCAGCACUACGUUGUCAAGAGUAAGAACUGGGAGCCCAUCAAGAGUUGUCUCAUUGAUGCUCAGGUUUGUAAGAGUCUCGGCGGCGAUGUUCAUCAGUCCCAGUUCGAUUUCUACAAAAAGAACUUGUCUCCGAUCCAGUCUGGUUGCUGCAAGCCUCCAUCUUACUGCGGAUAUCAAUUCGAGAAUGCAACAUAUUGGGUGAUUCCAAAGUCUGGACCUAAACAGCCGGACACUGAUUGCCUAACUUGGAGUAACAAACAGAGCAGGUUGUGCUAUGACUGUAAAUCAUGCAAAGGAGGAAUUCUGGCCAACAUUCGCAAAGAGUGGAGGUCUCUGGCCAUUCUCAACUGCUGCGUUCUUGUUCUCCUUACCCUUGUCUACUGCGUUGGCUGCUGUGCUACCAAGAACAAUCGCUUCAGUACUUACAACUACAAGUAA